GAUUACGUUGAAUGUACGUAUCAAUGUCAGCAGUGAAGCGCUCUCUUCAGCUAGUGUCUGUCUGUGAACAUUUUACUAUUGAGAAUGAUUUUGUGGUGUGUAUACUGUUGGCUGUAAAAGUUGAUGACAUUUUCAGCGACGACCUAUACCAAUCAUAAGUUACAUAAUACAAUGUGUAUAUCAGACGACCAAUACCAACUCAUCGGGCAGGUGAAACGAUACAUACCUAAAAUACAUUUAUUUCUGCAUGCACAAUGUCAAGUAGCUACCUGCCCUAUCAACAAUUUGAGAGCGAUGCCAGAGAGUUGGUGGAUAUCUCAGCUCGGAUAGGAGAUGGCUGGGAGCUCAAAACCAUCAAGAUCUGCUCUGAACCAGAAACUAUAUUCCUUUCAAAGACCAUUACCAACCACACUAUCGACACGGCUGAAAAGGACUCGAUAGAACUGACUAAUGAUGUUCUACUGGACCUAGUGGGACCGUCAGAAGUAGAAGAUGUUAUCGAUCCAGCUGUCGCUAUUAGCCACCUACCUACACUACAGCAAACAGUGUGUGUGGAGUACCAUAUAGUGUACAGUGAUUCUUAUGAAGUGCCUAUACUCUACUUCAAUGCGACUCAAUCUAACGGACAACAAUUGUCACUCGAUGAUAUUUGGAAAAUUGUUUCAAAGGAUCUAAUAUCUUCUAAUACGGAUAGAUGGAGUCUGGUAUCGCAGCAAGAGCAUCCUCUCCUGGGUCGGCCAUUUUAUCAUGUCCAUCCUUGCCACACUGCCAAGGUGAUGGGGAAAGCUCUGACUGUAUUAAGUUGUGAGCAGCAUCGAUCAGAAACAAUGUCUUCAAACGGAGGAACAAAUUCUCCAAACUAUUUGAUAGCUUGGUUGAGCACAUUUGGGCCACUGGUGGGACUCAGAGUGCCAUUGGGUUUUGUGAGGGCAGAGGAGUGACUGUAUUCCUUGUGUGUGUGUAUAUAUGCAUGCUUCUGUACGUGUGUCUAUGCUACAUGUCCAUUAUUUUUGUGAUUAACUGUACUCUGAUUUUAUAUGAUGAAUGGUUCUAAUUAUAAAACUAAUUUUCUAAAA